GCCGGUUUAUCAUUGUCGUGCCCGUAGAAAUGUUCAUCACUCAUCAGUGUUAUUCUGUUCACUUCGGUUGAUCACAUUAAUAUGAUAACAAUGUAUCUUACAUUACGUAGUACGUAUUACGAAGUUAUGAACUACAAAAAAUGAAUAGCGUUGUCUAAUUACGACGCGCUGACUCGAAGGAACGAUCGACUCAUCAUAUUAAUAUACCUUUGCAAAUAUUUUGAAGUUCAAACUCCCAACGGGGCCCGGAGAUAAAUGAAUAUUACAGUUAAAUUGACAGCAGUAGACGACUAAUUAGAUAAGUGUACCACUACUUAAUAGUUGUUUUGUGGCAUGACUCGGCGUCUGGGACGCUAAAGAAAACGCAUCGUAUAUUUAUACAUAUUUUACAAAUAAUAAUAUGAGUGUGUAGGUAAGUGACUCACUACGCAUUGCUUGUGACCAGGAAAAUAGUGGUGUUUGGACUGUGACAGCUACAGUAUCUGAGUCUAAUCUUGUUUUUAUUUUCGUCCGCAUUCUAAAGAUGUGUAUUGUGCCUACCACCUUUGACCCGACUCUAAUCUGUACGUGCUUAAUUAUCAUACUUCCCCGUAGGUAUAUAAAAUCAAUCUCAGUUUUUGGCUGAUCAUUAGUUCAGGUGAAUUCAACGCAACCAGUGAAAAAAUGAACACUUCCAGAGCCAUGGACGACCCCAGAGCCGCGAACGACUCGGAAAACACGAUGAUGGAGACUGAUCUCAAUGCAGUGGACAAAAAUAAACAAGACAGAGUGGAAAACUUGAGUUCUCUCGAACCAGUAAAGAUUGAUAUAUUAUGGGGCAUUGUAUUAUUCUUUGUUGCUGGUCAUCUGUCAGCUAUUUAUGGAUUGUACUUAGCAUUUACAUCAACUAAAUUACUAACAACAUUUUAUGGAAUAUGUUCAUGGAUAUUAUCAGGUUUAGGUGUAACAGCUGGACUUCACCGUUUGUGGUCACAUAAAUCAUACAAAGCAAAAUGGCCUUUACGAUUUAUUUUAAUGUUGAUGAGUACCAUGGCAUUUGAGAAUCAUAUUUAUGAGUGGUGCAUGGAUCACCGAAUUCAUCACAAAUAUACAGAUACAAACUCAGAUCCACAUAAUGCUAAGAGAGGAUUUUUUUUCUCACACGUUGGGUGGCUUGUAGUUCGUAGACACCCAGAUUACUAUGAUAAAUGCUCAAAAAUUGAUAUGUCUGAUUUAAAAAAAGAUUCCAUAGUUAUGUUUCAAAAAAAAUUUUAUGUUCCAUUACUGUUAUUGUUCUGCUUUAUCAUUCCCACAAUAGUACCGGUUUAUUUUUGGAACGAAACAUAUGUUAAUGCAUUUUUCACUUCAACAAUGCUGCGUUAUAUUUUCACUUUGAAUAUGACAUGGUUGGUCAACAGUGCUGCUCACAUCUGGGGUAAACGCCCAUAUGAUGCAUCCAUUAAUCCAUCUGAAAAUCUCUCUGUGUCACUUGGAGCUUUAGGCGAAGGAUGGCACAAUUACCAUCAUGUGUUCCCAUGGGAUUACAAAGCAGCUGAACUUGGAAAUUACAGAGCGAACUUGACAACUGCAUUCAUAGACUUUUUCUCACUUAUUGGUUGGGCUUAUGAUAUGAAAGUGGUCUCGAAUGAUAUGGUUUUAAAACGAGCCAAAAGGACUGGAGAUGGUUCACAUCCUGAUGGUGAUGGAAUCUGGGGAUGGGACGAUUCCAACAUUUCAAAUGAAGAUCGAAAAUUAACAACUGUUAUUAAUAAAAAAGAUGAUUAAAAAAUUAUAAUAAUGUUAUCUUAAUACCGUCUGGCGCCUAGCCUUUAUUAUUAUGAAUUAUAAUUUUUUAUAUUAGUGUGUUUUUAAAUAUUAUGUGCGUCUCUGUUAAUCUCUUUUAAUAUUUCAAAUAAUUUUAUUUUUUUUAAACUUAUGUAAAUCACGUUUAUAUUACAGUUGUGUGUUUAUAGUGAAAAUAAACAAAGUGCUAUUAA